UUACUAGAAAUCAGGAGGACGUUUCAAGAGUGAAAAUACCGACACACAAGUGUUUACAUAAAUUAAGAUUGUAUUACUUUUGAUCUGGUAUUUGACGAACCUCUCGUCCAAAAGUGAUUGUGACUAGUUUGUUUAUUAUCUGUGUUGGUUGACGUCGUGACAGUAUUAUGCGCGUCAGUAUUUGACGUCCCACUCAGCCAACACUCAUCUAAACAGUGACUGUUUCUCCGUGGGUCUUACCUGGCAGCGUAAUAAAGGUUGAUAAAGAGCAGCAGAAUAGGCCUACCGUCCUGAAUCUGUUAUCUUUUCAAGAUCAGAGCAGAGGACAGCAAAUCCUGUUUCCAUACAGCAGCAUCAGUGUUGCAAGUAUGAGUCAGGCAAGGACAAUGAGUUUGGAAGAGCAAAUCAGGGGCCUCUCACCAGUUGCAGCAUCUGCCCUUGCAAGAGCUGGAAUUAAAGAGGACAUUGAUAUUCAAGAGUUAACAAGAGAUGAUCUGAACGAACUUCUGCCAGGCCUUGAGCAUUUCAAACUUAGGAAGAAGAUCAGUGAACUUCUAACCCAAUCUAAACAGGACACAGCUAAACCUAUCGAUUUCAUUCUUAACGAGUUUAGGAAAUUCCUUCCAGCUGUUGUCAUGAAGAAUGCACUUGUUCCUGGGGGAGUGUUACAUGGAUACGUCCCUAUUCUUAAAGAUUUGAAGAAGCAGCAGGUCAAAGCCGUGCACUUCAUUCAGGAACACAUUGAACUGCUUGAGAGCUACAAUAAAGAAGAGCCCAUGGAGGCUGAGGGCAAUGCUGUGUCCCCAUCAGCUGACUCUGCUACAGCAGGAAACCAGCUAUCCAAUGUUGCAGAGUGGAGGACGGCGACAUUCUUCACCAUUCUGACUGGGAAUACUCUGCGGUCUCAUGAGGAAAUCAAUCGCUGUCUCACUGCAAAAGGUUUAACUGAGGUGACGUCACUAGAGGAGAGUGAUGUCAUCCUGGCUUUCUAUCCCAUUGUCUCUUGGGCUGGGACUGAUGUUGAAGCAGCACUGCAGAAGAUUCCAGCUGGUAAACCUGUCAUCCUGGUAGUGCUGCAUCACACCUUCAAUCCAGACUACACUGUACCUAACAGUAGCAGACUAGUGACCAGAGGUGAUGAAAUACUCACAGUGGACUGUCUCUUCCAUGAGAACCAGGGACUACUGGAUUGUCCUCGCAAUGAAGAAGCAAUUCUAAAGAUUCUGGACAGGACAAAAAUACAGCCAAAGAAUGAUGAGGUCUGGGAACUAAUCGGAGAAGAAGAAGCCAGUGAUGCCUCUGAGCAGGAAAACCUAGAGGCAAGGACAAUGAGUUUGGAAGAGCAAAUCAGGGGCCUCUCACCAGUUGCAGCAUCUGCCCUUGCAAGAGCUGGAAUUAAAGAGGACAUUGAUAUUCAAGAGUUAACAAGAGAUGAUCUGAACGAACUUCUGCCAGGCCUUGAGCAUUUCAAACUUAGGAAGAAGAUCAGUGAACUUCUAACCCAAUCUAAACAGGACACAGCUAAACCUAUCGAUUUCAUUCUUAACGAGUUUAGGAAAUUCCUUCCAGCUGUUGUCAUGAAGAAUGCACUUGUUCCUGGGGGAGUGUUACAUGGAUACGUCCCUAUUCUUAAAGAUUUGAAGAAGCAGCAGGUCAAAGCCGUGCACUUCAUUCAGGAACACAUUGAACUGCUUGAGAGCUACAAUAAAGAAGAGCCCAUGGAGGCUGAGGGCAAUGCUGUGUCCCCAUCAGCUGACUCUGCUACAGCAGGAAACCAGCUAUCCAAUGUUGCAGAGUGGAGGACGGAGACAUUCUUCACCAUUCUGACUGGGAAUACUCUGCGGUCUCAUGAGGAAAUCAAUCGCUGUCUCACUGCAAAAGGUUUAACUGAGGUGACGUCACUAGAGGAGAGUGAUGUCAUCCUGGCUUUCUGUCCCAUUGUCUCUCGGGCUGGGACUGAUGUUGAAGCAGCACUGCAGAAGAUUACAGCUGGUAAACCUGUCAUCCUGGUAGUGCUGCAUCACACCUUCGAUCCAGACUACACUGUCCCUGACAGUAGCAGACUAGUGACCAGAGGUGAUGUAAUACUCACAGUGGACUGUCUCUUCCAUGAGAGCAAAGGACUACUGAAGGGUCCUCGCAAUGAAGACGCAAUUAGAAAGAUUCUGGACAGGCCAGAAAUACAGCCAAAGAAUGAUGAGGUCAGGGAACUAAUUGGAGAAGAAGAAGCCAGUGAUGCCUCUGAGCAGGAAAACCUAGAGGCAAGGACAAUGAGUUUGGAAGAGCAAAUCAGGGGCCUCUCACCAGUUGCAGCAUCUGCCCUUGCAAGAGCUGGAAUUAAAGAGGACAUUGAUAUUCAAGAGUUAACAAGAGAUGAUCUGAACGAACUUCUGCCAGGCAUUGAGCAUUUCAAACUUAGGAAGAAGAUCAGUGAACUUCUAACCCAAUCUAAACAGGACACAGCUAAACUUAUCGAUUUCAUUCUUAACGAGUUUAGGAAAUUCCUUCCAGCUGUUGUCAUGAAGAAUGCACUUGUUCCUGGGGGAGUGUUACAUGCCUACGUCCCUAUUCUUAAAGAUUUGAAGAAGCAGCAGGUCAAAGCCGUGCACUUCAUUCAGGAACACAUUGAACUGCUUGAGAGCUACAAUAAAGAAGAGCCCAUGGAGGCUGAGGGCAAUGCUGUGUCCCCAUCAGCUGACUCUGCUACAGCAGGAAACCAGCUAUCCAAUGUUGCAGUACAUAAGCAAUCUGUUGAAGGCGCUUCAGAACGACCAGCCUUAGGUGCUGUAGAGGUCCACCCCAAACGACCAAGAACAGAUCUGCCCACCAGUGGUAAGUGGCAAAACUUCAAGGAACCCCCACCUCAUACUUCAGGAGCAGCUGGAAUAACAUGUGCUCCUCCAAGUACCACUGGUAGUGUGCAGUUCAGGUCGCGAGGCAAACUGGAGACCUCAAAACCAUGCUCUCCGUACACUUCAGGAGCAGCUGAUAUUGAGCCAUCUGCAACAUCCUACAAAGAUAGGUCCUCACCAGUACCUGGUAACAUCCAGGCCCCAAAAGAAAAGGAAAGAAAAGAACCUGGAAGUUGGAAUUUCUUCAGCAGAUUGGGAACAAAACAUUUGCCAGAAGUUAAAGUCUAUUCGCAAGUGUGUGGAAAAACCCUGAACGCUCACCUUGCACUCAUGAAACAAGUGGAGGAUCUGGGACUUAAACGAAAGGAGACCAGUGUAGAGGACUGCCAAGUCAUAAUGGUCUUCUGUCCUGUUACAUCUCGUGUGGGAACUGACAUUGAGGCUGCCAUGAGCCAAGUUCCAGGUAACACAGAUGCCAUUCUAGUGGUGAUGCACCAUACUUUUGAUUGCUACUUUGUCACAGACCAGAGAUCUGCAUCUCACUACAAAAGCGUAGUAGAGAAAGUGAAUGUUCUCUUCCAUGACUCUGUGGGACUUCUGCAUUGUAAAACAAAUGAUAUUGCAGUGACUCUCAUACAUAAGGCCUUACUGAAAUACAACAGCAGUCCUUACAGACAUUAAGCGCCCCAUUGUGGCAACACAAAGAAAGUGUUUGAAGUCUGUAACAAGAUUACAACGCCACCAACAUUAUUUAAAAACCUACAUUUCUACAACUUCCACCCAGGGCUUUGGUAACUCAUUCUAGUUUAGAAAAAAGCUUAUCACAGUUUGUGUAGUGAGCCAAAUUAAAUAUCUUGAUUCUCAAUAAGUACAAAACUAGACUUCUCUCUGUAGAACCUCUGUUGUGAGUGAAUCUUUGAAGAUAAGAUUCCUCAUAUGCAUUUGUGAAUUUCAGCUUGUUCUACUUUUAGUAUUAGAAGCAUUUAUAGUUUGAGGUGUUUUCUACUUUGUUACGUUAUGCCUCAAUCAUGAGAAUGUGUUUGAAUGUUUAGUCUUCUAUGAGAAUAAAUUAAGUACAAGUGUUGCAUAAAAUAUUGAAUUAACUUAGUAAUAAUGAUAUUGACAAGAUUUUCAACUCUUCUGUGUUGAGGAAUUUCUGUCUCUGCAGAUAGACUAAUCUAUUCCAAAGCUAAAAUAAAGAGUGCACACGCAACAUUGA